UGUAGUUAGCUGUGUGUAAAUGCGCUUCCGUUUCUCUGCCUCGGUCACAGCCAGUUUGGGAAUAGCUGCAAUGUUUACGUGCUGUCUGGGCUGCUGCGGAGAUAGCGGAUCGGGGCAUAUACCCCUAAAAGAGAUGCCCACCGUUCAACUGGACACACAUCAUAUGGGGACGGAUGUGGUCAUUGUGAAAAGCGGGAGACGGAUUUGUGGAACUGGAGCCUGUCUUGCGAACGCCCCUCUACAUCAGAAUAAGAGCUACUUUGAAUUUAAGAUACAGUCUACGGGGGUGUGGGGGGUGGGUGUGGCAACACAGAAAGUGAAUCUUAACCAGGUGCCCUUGGGUCAAGAUGGAAACAGCCUGGUUCUGAGACAUGAUGGGUCUAUUUACCAUAACAACGAAGAAAAAAACCGACUACCGGCCAACAACUUGCCACAAGAGGGGGAUGUGAUAGGUUUGACAUAUGACCAUGUGGAGUUGAACCUGUAUUUGAAUGGGAAGAACCUGCAGUGUCCAGCCUCAGGCAUACGGGGGACUGUGCAUCCUGUGGUUUAUGUGGAUGACAGUGCCAUACUAGAUUGUCAGUUCAGUGAAUUUUACCACACUCCUCCUCCAGGCUUUGAGAAGAUUCUCUUUGAACAGCAGAUAUUUUGAUCCUUCAUUUUGGACUCGCCUGAUCUGCUGUUUUCUCAAU